UCCGUCAUGAAACAUUUCACAGGCUGAACUCUGAAACUUUGCUCUCUGAUGAUGGAUAAUGUUUCCGUUGUUAGAAGCUUUACUCUCACAGGGAUAAAUGAGACGAUGGACUACAGAGACCUGCUGUCGAUUGCUCAGGAAAUCUCCUACGAGUGGUGCCUCUUCCAAGCUUUUGUCAUGUACUCCUUCGCCUGCUGCGAGCUGUCCAUCCUGGCCGUCAUGGCCUACGACAGGUACCUGGCCAUCUGUCGCCCCCUGCACUACCGCUUGUUGAUGACCAAGAGGAGGCUCUCUCAGCUGGUGAGUUUCUCCUGGCUAACUCCUUUCUGCAUAUUCUCCAUCAGUAUUCUGCUCACAUCCAGACUGGAGCUGUGCAGCCUGAAGAUUCAGAGACUCCUCUGUGUGAACUGGAUCAUCGUUCAGCUGGCCUGCCCAGGCAGCAACACCCUCUCAAACAGCAUCGUCUCAUAUGCCACAAUUUUCAUCUAUGUGUCUCAUGGCUUUUUCAUCAUCUGGACUUACAUGCACCUCAUCAGAACGUGUGCAGCCUCCAAAGACGACAGGGUGAAGUUCAUGCAGACGUGCUUGCCUCAUUUGAUCUCUCUGAUCACUUUCCUCACUGUGAUUGUGUUCGAUUUGAUGUAUAUGAGGUUCGGCUCUGCAGGUUUGCCUCAAAGCCUUCAAAACUUCAUCGCCAUAGAGUUUCUUGUCUUCCCCCCGAUGAUGAACCCUUUGAUAUAUGGAUUUAAAUUGACCAAAAUACGCAACAGGGUCCUGAGUUUGAUUUAUCUGAGAGGACGAUGAAGAAGAGAAGGAUUCAGUUUGUGUAUUUAUGGUGUCAUUUGAAAGUUUUUUUCUUUACAUCGUUAAUAUAAGCCAUCCGGAUUGUAUAUAUGACACCUCAAAUCUCUGUGCUACUCCCUUGUAUUUUUUAUUUGUUUUUUA